CCACCUUCCAUAGUUCCAUUCAUAUUUCUUCUACAAGAUUUACACACUCUCUUUCUUUGUGUGUGUAUAAUUUAGCGGGCUAGGCGAGGGUGGAUUUUCUAUAUAAGCUAGACUUCCCAGCCUAUCUACAGUACUACACAUCCCUUAUAAGUUACCAACUUAAUUGACAAGUUAAUUCCUUGCUUUUUCUUUUCCUCUUCUACUCAUUAGCCAUGAAUUAUGAACCUAGUACUUGUCUAAGUUUGGGUUUAUCAAAGAAUGAUCAUUUAAACCUAGACCUAGUACUGGACCCUUCUUCUCCAGGUUCUUCAUCAUCAUCAACAUUUAGUCCGCCCGAAGCACCACGAGUCUUCUCUUGUAACUAUUGCAGAAGAAAGUUUUACAGUUCACAAGCUCUAGGAGGACACCAAAAUGCUCACAAACUGGAGAGAACUUUAGCCAAGAAAAGCAGAGAAUUUUUAACGUCUCACGCUGGGUUGAGUCGACGGGCUGGAUCGGGCUUUAACAAGCUAAACAACAUGCACGGGCCCAUCCCCGGGCUUGAUCAUCGUGGACAAACAGGUAGGUUUAACAGUAAUAUAGAGAAUGGAAGACUUGCUGAAAAUUAUGGCAAUUUGAACAGCAAAUUCAGUGAGUGUGUUCAUGAAGAGUUUAGUAACCUUGAUUUGUCUUUGAAACUUUGAUUCAAGCCAGGAAUAUUUCAUGUACGUUAUGAAAG